UUUCAUCACUUUCUCAGCUGAAACUGAAAAACACUGGAAACUGUUCUCUUUAAAAGGACUUCAGAGUCUUGCUCUGGUUUUUGAGUAGAAAAACAGAGAAAGUGAUGGCAGGGCUUGUCAUGGAGUAUGGAAACAUUGCAUUGAAGAAAAAGGAACUUGGUUUUAGAGAUAGUUUGAUUCAUGGUGAAAAGUUUGGAAGAUUUGUUAAUAAUAAUUCUAAGUGUUUGAGAACCAAUGUUAGUUUUAUUUCCUCUGUUCUUACUUCUGAAGAUGUGAAGCAAGAGAGAGUGGUUUUCAAGACACCUCUGUUUGAUUAUCAGAAAGCAGACCCAAAGAAUGUUGCUUCUAUUAUAUUGGGUGGAGGAGCUGGAACUAGGCUUUUCCCACUCACUAGCAGAAGAGCUAAACCUGCUGUUCCAAUUGGUGGAUGUUAUAGGCUUAUUGAUAUACCAAUGAGCAAUUGUAUCAAUAGUGAUAUAAAGAAGAUAUUCAUUAUGACACAGUUUAAUUCAGCGUCAUUAAAUCGGCAUAUUCAUCGAACAUAUAACUUCGGUAACGGGAUUAAUUUCGGUGAUGGAUUUGUUGAGGUUUUGGCAGCUACUCAAAGGGGUGGAGAAGCUGGAAUGAAUUGGUUUCAAGGAACAGCAGAUGCUGUGAGACAAUUCAUUUGGGUCUUUGAGGAUGUUAAGAAUAAGAACAUUGAACACAUCUUAAUUUUAUCCGGCGAUCAUUUGUAUCGGAUGAACUACAUGGACUUUGUGCAGAAGCAUAUUGACACUGGAGCUGAUAUUACAGUGUCAUGUGUGCCGAUGAAUGAAAGUCGUGCGUCGGAUUUUGGAUUGAUGAAGAUUGAUGAGACUGGACGAAUCAUUCAAUUCUCUGAGAAACCUAAAGAUGUCAAAUUGGAGGCUAUGAGAGUUGACACAAGUGUGCUUGGUUUGUCUCAACAUGAAGCUCUGAGAUAUCCUUAUAUUGCAUCAAUGGGAGUCUAUGUUUUCAGAAGAGAUGUUCUCCUAAAGCUUCUUCGAUGGAGAUAUCCAACAUCAAAUGACUUCGGAUCAGAAAUCAUUCCUGCUGCAGUAAACGAACAUAACGUUCAAGCAUAUUUGUUCAAUGACUAUUGGGAGGACAUCGGAACAAUCAAUUCAUUCUUCAAUGCAAAUUUGGCUCUCACUGAGCAGUCUCCAAAGUUUCAGUUUUAUGAUCCUACAACACCAUUCUUUACAUCACCUCGGUUCCUACCUCCAACCAAAGUAGAGAAAUGUCGGAUCGUGAAUGCAAUUGUUUCACAUGGGUGCUUCUUGAACAAAUGUAGUGUUGAACAUUCAAUUAUUGGAGUCCGCUCUCGAUUAGAUUUCGGCGUAGAGCUUAAGGAUACAUUGAUGAUGGGUGCUGACUACUAUCAAACCGAGGAUGAAAUUGCAUCUCUGAUUGCAGAGAACAAAGUACCAAUUGGUAUAGGAAAGAAUACGAAAAUCAUGAACUGCAUCAUUGACAUGAAUGCCAAGAUCGGAAAAGACGUCGUGAUUACAAACAAAGAUGGUGUCGAAGAGGCCGACAGGCCGGACGAAGGCUUCUACAUUCGAUCAGGAAUCACGAUAAUUCAGAAGAAUGCAACCAUCAAAGAUGGAACCAUCAUAUAAAUGAUUGUGCAAUCUCAGCUGCCAAAGUGCUGAAUAUAUUACUGCAGAUAUAUACAAGAUGGCAAAGAGCUCAUAUGCCAAAAUAUAGAACCCAGCAAUGUGCCACAUUUACUGAUAAGUUUAUCAGAAUUGAGGCACUUCUCUUGAACCUUUUCUCAUUGACUAAUACCACUAAACCAUAUCAAACAGUUAUCAGCCACAAACCUCUACUUCAAAUAAUUGAUAUUGCUGGUAUUGAUUGUAAUCCAUAAAUAAGCACAGCAACUCCCCAGAACUCUGUCUUCUUAAUAGACUAUUCAUGUUUCAGUUGGGAAAUGAUUGAAUUUCCUCAUGAAUUCAAGCUUGUGCAACUCUUCUUCAUU